CCGCUGACCAUGUAAUGCCAAAGAAAAAGUCACGGAAACAUAAUAGAACUAUAAAUAAAGUAGUACUCACAAAUUAUAAAAAGGCUAAAGCACUUAAUAAAAUAUAUCGAUUUAUAAAAAAAGAAAGAGCCAAGUCCCUCAAAUAUAUUUUGUCACAUGAAUAUUUUAAGAAAGAAAUACAAAAACUCUCUUCCCUUAAUUUUGGAAUUGACAAAAUAAUCGCAACAAAUUCAAAUAGAGAAGACCUUCUAGCUGCCAUUCGGAAAUCUAGUCUGGAUCACCAGUGCAUAGCUAGAGCAGAAAAAAGAAAAGAUACGUUAAAACAUAUACAGAAAUCUGUUGAACAAAGAUGGGAAAACCUAAGACUAAAUCCCAAGAAAAUGAUCAAUAGUGUACUUGAUCGUCCACGUAAAUCCAUUGUAAUGGAUCAUCUAAUUAGCGAGAAUAUUAGUGGGGACAUUACUAUAACUACAGACAAAGAUGAAAUUAAAAAUAAAGUACGUAAUCAUUUUUACAAUUGGACAAGCAAGCGGAACACGGACAUACUUUUAAUGAAUAAAUGGGCAGAAUUCUAUAACCCCCUACCUGACGUUGAUGUGAACUGGUACAAUUCCCUACUACUCAAUGUAGAGAUUGAUGAACUAAUAGAAACCAUCACUUCACUACCAAAUAAGAAAGCACCAGGUCAAUCUAAUUUGCAAUAUGAGUGGUUUAAACACUUACCAAUGGCCGGUUUAGAG